AGGUCAAAGACCACAGAUGUAAAAAUUCAAUAGAGAACAUCUUGUAUUUAUAAUUAAGUAUUAAAUAAACGGACAGCGUCCAUCAUUGAUCAAAUAAUUUGGAGUGCUGAAUCUUCAGCGAUUCGAAUAAAUAUUAUUUCUGAGACAAAGCCUAAAAUUGAUUUCCAAUAUAUUCAUAAUAGUUGAAACACCAGGUACCUGCUCUUUCCUGGUUCCUGGGUACGAAUGUCCAUGAUAUGCAGAACUUAUUUAUAGUAACAGCUACCCCCUUUGCACCCUUCUUAUUGUAUAGUAACUCGCAGGAGUCUCUCCGUGCAUAGCACCAUUCGAGUCACGUAAACUUUAUCUUCUUGUGAACUGAGCUUUACCUACUUAUCUUGUAUUCAAGCAACAACCGCCAAUUCGUGCAGAUCGCUUUUCUUCGCAAAGCUAGAAGCCUCGCGUAUAUGUCAGGAUGAUAUCGCAAGGCAAGGCUAUAUAUAUAUACAUAUAUACACACAUAUAAAUUUAAUAUUUAAUAUAUAAUAACACACCUAUAUAGCGCCUACAGGAAUCAUGAUAAAACAUUUCACUAUAGCAGAUAAGCGCUAUCUAUAUUGAUAACGGGGAUGAAAAUUUCGGGUCUAUUUCACGUGGAAGAUAAAAAAAAUGAGUUUAAAAAGUUUUCAUGGUGAAACCCUAACUUGUGCUUCAUAACCAGAAUUUAUGGGGUUGCUGGUGAAUUCAACAGAAUCAAAUACCAUAGAGUGUGCUUUCAUGAUAAUUUAUGUUAGUGGGAAAUAAUGUUAGGGCAAAUUCUGUCAAGUUCACCUGUUACGUGUAAAAAACUAACUUUUGUUUAAAAAAAAUAAAUUUUCUUUUCUUCUAUACUGCAAUAUAUUAUCAUCGUAUUAGAACGUGAAUUUGUGCGAUAAUUUGUGUUAUCGAGUGACCAUAUACAGUACGUGUCAUUUUGAAAAUAACGAGAUUAACGUAUCCAAGAGCUUAUCAAGAUUUACGAGUAAAGUUAAAAAUCGUGGGGAUUUUCAAAAGAAUGAGGAUUACCACGAGAUUUUGCGUUCUCAGAUAGAGAGUAAGGUCAAAGUAAAAUGAUCUGUGAUAUAUCACGUAGCUUUGUGUAGAUCGAUCCGGAAGACGCGAUGACACAUGACGUAACCACCACUCUUAGAAGCGAAUUGGCGGCAUUAGAAUAUAAACGUGAUCGGCUUAUGACAGAGCUUCAGGAAAUGAAGAGCACUGUCAGGUCACGCGACCAGAGGGUCGUAGAGCUCCAGGUCGAAGCAGAUCAACUCAAGGAACAAGCAGCAAGACAGAAUUCUGUAAUCUCCAGUUUAAAGAAGAGAAUACAGGAGUUGGAAGACAGAGAGAGAAAUCUCUAUGCUAAUCAAGGACGCAAUGAAAUCACUAUACAGGGUCUUCAAAGAGAGGUUAAGUAUCACGAAGACAAAAUCAGGGAAUACGACAAGAAAAUUCGACAGCUGGAACACAACAUCACCGAGGAAAUUCAACUGAAGGAACGUGCACGUCUCAAUCUCCAGGACUUUGUACGAAGAUUGGCACAUGCUCUAAAUGUGGAAUAUACUGACAGUAGUCAUUACAGUCCGGACGUGGCAAUUCACAAAGCCGAGGAACUUGUUCAGGAAGUCAAUCGUUUACGCAGCAAGUCUACAAACGUAGAGGCGCACUUGACGAACGUGGAGGUGGAUUUUAGAAAUUGCCGAGACGCACUGGACAGAGUAACCGUGGAAAAGGAACAGCUGCAACGGCAAGUCAGCGCGCAGUUGGUCGACUUGGAUCGACUACGUCAGGAAAAGGAAUGUUUGGAGAUGCAAUACCGCGUCGCUGAGAGGGAUUUGAAUGAACUUAGAGACAAGCUGGUGAAUGCUAACAGAAGCAUCACUAGCGCCACUGGAAAUAUAUCAAAUCAGGAAGCUUUAAUUUGUCAGUUAAGAGAGGAUUUAAAGGCUCGUGAGGAAAAGGGUCAAAGGCUUCAAAAUGACUUUCGGCAUUUUUUGGAAUCUCUGGCUAUCCUCUUGAGCACUCCUAACAGAUUCGUCGAAUCUAAUGAAAACGCCAUUAAGGAUCGUAUUCGAGAGAUACUUGCAGAUAACAAGGAUCAAAUACUGAAAAUUCAAAGUCUAAAAGAAAAAUUAAAUCUCACUACGGAGACUGCAAAUCGUCAAACAGAAUUAGCUGAGACGACGAUGGUAAAGACACGUUCACUGGAGGAAGAUCGUGCGGCUCUCGAAGCAAAACUUCGCAAAUUGGAAGCUGAACUUACGAGCUGCGAGCUGUCAAAAGAAUCUUUGCGCAGAGAUAAGCAGACGUUCAUGACCUUUCUGGAACGACUUGGCAAAGCAAUGCAAAUGGAUGAAAUUUCUCAAGAAGUUGGAAUCGACCUCCAAACUGAAUCUCUUCUGAUGCGAGCCGAGCAGCUAGCUAGAUUGGAAACGGACAAGCUCGUGGACAAGCUACUGUGCCGCAACUACACAACGUUUCCCAGGAUACGACGGGAGCGGUCGUUCCACGAGCUUCCUUACCUGAAAGAAACUUCAGUGGUCUACCAACUGCAAAGACGGGUGAGAACACUCCGGGAGCAGCUUCAACGUAGAGAUCUUCACCUGGACCUUCUGCGCCGGAAACUCUCCCUCCAGGACGACAGCGUCAGGAUGAAGUCGAUGUUACAAACAGAACGCGAUGAGGCGAAUUUACGGGCGAAGAAGUUACAGAAGCAGGUGGACCGACUUCAAACUCAGUUGACCGAGGAAAAAGCGAGGAAUCGUGAACUUAGUUCGCAGCUUACGGAAGCCGCGGAUUACAAGAUUGCCGCCCUUGAACGAAGCAGAAAGAUCGAGGAAUUGCAGAAGCGUCUUGUAGAGAGUGAGAUGCUGAGGACGCGUUUGAACCGGAAAUUGACGAUGUUCAAGGAUCAAAUAAGAAACACUACAGAAACUGCAGAUCAAGAAAGAUCAAUUAACGAUCACUCUCUUCAGUUAUUAAGAGACGAAUUGGCACAGGUUAAGCAAAACCUGGCUGAUGUCACAAGACGAGAGUCACAGCUCCAAAGCUUCCGGGUGUCCGUUGCGAAGCUGUUAUCAGAGCCAAUUUGCUCGCCUGAUUACGAGAUCAUAUCUCGUCUUCAGAAAAUGGUGGCUGCGCACAGAGACUUUACGAUGCUGUCACGCAGAUACGACGAGCCGCUUGAGACGAGUCCUUCGAGGUGCACCAGUAUCCAUCCGUUACAUCCCGUACAUCCACCAAGAUCUCCUGGCUCUCGAUGCACUAGGUAUGACGAUAGCGGUUUUAUCGAUCCUCCUGAUCUUCAUGACAUUGAUGACGACUAUGGGAAACGUCCAAUUCGUAGCAGCUUACUUCCAUGACGUCGAGCAAGAUUUUAAUGAUAGACCCCAAAUGCCUGAGAUUCUUUAAUGGUCCAUACAUGAUGGCUCCAGGCCAAUCCCGGGUCUUCCCAUUUUCUCCUUGUAAAGUGUUCGUUUAUAAGAGGUAAACGAGCAUCUUCUACCGGAGGCAAAGUGUUCAGCGUUUGAGCGUUGUUAAUAAAAUAAUGCUUGCUACGUGA